ACAAAAAGGAAAUUGUGGCAAUUUGUUUAAGAGCCACAAAUGCAUCACACAUGUUCCUCUAUCGCAAGUUAAUUGAAAAGGAACUACGGAUCAGAAAUGACGUAAGUAACUAUGGAGAACUCAACGGAAGCUUUAGAACAUUCACAGAGACAGUGCUUCUCAUGGAUGAAAGAAACAUUAACCAAACCCAAUGUAACGCUUGAAGAAAUAAACCAACAACAUAUUCGUCGUUUUCACGGAGGUCUCGCAUUAUUAGGCUUCGUAAUAGUGGCCGGGAUGAUCGGAAAUAUGCAUGUACUCGUGCUAUAUUACAAAAAAUUUAAAGUUUCCAAUUAUCGGCUUUUCAUCAUUUGGUUAACAUGUCUAGACAUGAUAAAUUGCUGUGUCAGUGCACCCCUUAUAAUAUUUUACUUGCUCCACCCAAUCACUUACCCGUAUGAGGGAUUUUGUAAAAUGACCCGCUUUACUUUGUACUUCUGUGCCAUUGCAUCUACUUCCGCUAUGGUUGUCAUAGCAAUAGAAAGGUACAGAAAGGUCAUGACGCCACAUUCGCAACAGAUUUCUCUGCAGACGGCAAAACUUAUGUGUUUGGUCAGUUUAGUGGUUGCUGCAGGUAUCUCAUGGCCAGCUCCAAUAUUAUUCGGACUCUCUCACGUUCCGACUGGCGUGGAAGGUUUAGAGGGAAUUCGCUGCUUGACAGACGACACAUACAAACAUACGCCCUACAUGUCGAUAUAUCAUUUUACUACGCUCGUGUAUUUUGUGAUUGUCUCGAUUUGCCUUAUCGUUGUCUAUGUAUGCAUUGCCAAAAGAGUCCUUAAAUCUGGAAAAUUCAAAGAUCGCGUCAGUGGUGUUCCGUUAACGCCUGACACUCGGGCGUCAACCAGUAGUUGCGUCUCUAAAACUGUCACCAAGACCAUCACUUUUUUGACGGUGACGUUGGCCUAUAUCGCAUGCGCAACGCCCCACCAUGCCUUGGCCAUACUCUUCUUCCUCACACACAACCUUGACUGCAAACUCUCGCUUCUUGAGGCCCAGUUUUAUUAUGCCUUUGUGUGGUCGUACUUUCUGAACAGCAUGAUCAACCCAUGUAUUUAUGCGUACCGAGACAAGAAGUUUAGGGACGAACUGGAAUCUGUCUAUAGGCGUUGUCCAUUAAGAAAACUGUGCAGUUCUUCUGAUUGAGAAACAAUUUUCUAAAAAUAUUUAUAAAAACAGCCAAAUUUGUAAUGUAUAUUUUUUUUUCUCUUGUUUAUGCUUCAAUAAUCUUUUUUUUUUUGUUUUGCCAAGUCUUUCAUUCCUUAAUGAUUGUUGAAAUAAAAGAUUAACAUAUAUAACAAGUUAAA